ACGUGGCAGGCACCUAAGGAAUUAAUUACACGAAGACCGCAUCAUAAUAAAUAAAUCAAAAAUCAUAUAGGAAAAGAAUUUGUAUUACCUUCCGUAGAAGACCUGGUUCUGCUUGGCUCUCCAACGAAAUCUGUCUUCCAUGGCUUACGUCGAGAGGGGUGUUGUUAAGUCGAAGCAAUCACUAUGGCGUUUGAAGACAUUUUCUGAUUUUUUCUGGUCUAUUGUCAACUUCAUUGUAGUUUUCUUUACAACAAUGUUCUCGAUGGAGCAGUCAGAUGCUUAUAAGAAAUUAUCUGGGUCCAGCAAGAAAUGGGAUGGUGGUGGCCCUGGUGGUGGAAGGGGCCCAUAUGGUGGUGGGCCUCCUGGACCGCCACGUGGGUUAGACAACGUUCGUGGAUUGAGGGACGUUCGUGGUGCAGAUCAUAGCUCACUUCCCGCCUGUGGUUCCUGCUGCGGUGGCUAAAAAAUAUAUAUCAUAAUGUCCUCGUUGUUGCCCUUCUGAUUUCUAUUGGAAUUGUAUCGUGAGUCGUGACGUCGUGUGUAUAAACUUGAAAACUUCCAUAAACUCUGGCUUUAGGAAAUUGGGACUGCUCUUUAGUUUGUUGAUAUACCUUGUAAUAUCACUUAAAUCUACAUAACAGCUGAUCAUGUGAUAAUACGAACUCCCAUCUGAAUUUGUGCGGUGUUAAUUUUA